AUGGACUGGAGUAACGAUACAUACAUCUUCAUGAGCUUUGUGGAUGGGCAGCCUCUAGACAUUGCGUGGAAUGACUUAGAUUAUCUAACGAAGACACGUAUUGCUUCACAGCUAAAGACAUACAUUGAUGACCUUCGUACCAUGGGAAGAAUGACAUAUAUUGGGUCAGCCGAUCAUAGCCCAGUUACGGAUCUGAUCUUCGCAACCUGCCCGUUUGAUUCCGAGAAGGAGUUCAAUGAAGCAAUCGUGGAAGCAUAUCAUCUGACUGUACCGCGGCAACAUAUCCAAAAGUUCCUUUUCGGAAUGAUUGCUCAUAAGGAGCGCCAUGUUGCGUUUGCGCAUGGUGACCUAAGGCCGCCGAACAUCAUGAUAAAGGAUGGUAAUGUCGCAGCAAUUAUUGACUGGGAGCUUAGUGGAUGA